AUGGUGCUGGUGCGCACCGAAUUGGGCCAGUUGGUGUUGGUUCCUCAGCAGGCUUUGGCCCAAGCCCAGGCUCAAGCCCAGGCCCAGAACAACAUCUCUCCGAGACCUGCUGCUCCAACGACGGGAACGUCCUUCAGAGUAACAACUCCACAGCAGUCUCCUGCAACUUCUCAGACCACAAGGCCGUGCCCUUUGACCCCGGCCAAGAUGGCACCGUCUCCCUCUCCCGCACCUUCCAGCCCUGCCCUCCAGACCUCUUUCUCCUCUACUUCCUCCUCCUCCUCUUGUCCUGCACUCCGCCCUAAGGGCCCCGUGGUGCCGACCGUGGCAGUGACGGCUCCGCAGCAGGCCCCCAUGGCCAUCACCCCCCAGGCCCAGGCCCAGCCUACCUCCCAGCCAGCGGCACAGACGCAGACGAGCGUCGCAGCGGCCCCCGGAGCUCCGGUCGUGUCCCAGGAGAUGCAAGAAAAUGUGAAGAAGUGUAAGAAUUUCCUGGCUACACUUAUCAAGCUGGCGUCUCACAACUCUCCGUCUCCUGAGACUUCCAAGAACGUCAAAGCUCUGGUUCAGGAUCUGCUGGAUGCCAAGAUUGAACCAGAAGAGUUCACCAGCAGGCUGCAGACUGAGCUCAAGUCGUCUCCGCAGCCUUACCUGGUGCCAUUUCUCAAGAAGAGCCUCCCGGCCCUGAGGCUGUCUUUGUUGAACAGUCAGCAGUCCCUGACCCAGCCCCUGCAGCAGGGAGUCAAACCAGCAGCCGGCGGCACCCCUCCUGCCAUGGUAGCUGGGCCAGCUGUCCGCAUACGGCACCCUAACAGCGUCAGCACCACUGCGGGUGCCAGCGUGCUGCCCGCUGGGACUGUCGGACAUGCAGCUGCCAUGGGCGUGAAGACAGGAGGGACUGUCAGUGGUCCGGUCCGGAUGCCCAUGGUGAUCACGCAGUCCAUCAGACCGCAAGGAACGAUAGGGAAGGGAGCCAUCAUACAAGCAGGCAAAAGUCCCAUGGGCCUGCCUGUUCAGAUCUCUGGGAAUCAGAAAAACAAGCUCAACGACCCCGGAGGAGGCUCUUUCAGAGACGAUGAUGACAUCAAUGAUGUGGCCUCCAUGGCCGGGGUGAAUCUGAAUGAGGAGAGCGCCAGAAUACUUGCAACCAAUUCUGAGCUGGUGGGAACGCAGAUCCGGUCGUGUAAAGACGAGGCCUUUCUCCAUCCGGGUUUGCUACAUCGACGAAUCCUGGAAACUGCUAAGAAGUUUGGAGUGACGGAGGUUCCCAUGGAAGCCGUGACAUUCAUCUCACACGCUGCACAGUCUCGACUCCGAACUGUGUUAGAAAAGGUUUCUAUCAUCGCACAGCAUCGAAUCGACUCCUGCAAGGACGACGAGUGCUACGAGCAGUCUGCAGACGUUCGGUCGCAGCUCCGCUUCUUCGAGCAGCUGGAGAGGAUCGAGAAGCAGAGGAAGGACGAGCAGGAGAGAGAGAUCCUUCUGAAAGCCGCUAAAAGUCGCUCCAGGCAAGAGGACCCAGAGCAAGCUCGACUGAAACAGAAAGCUAAGGAGAUGCAGCAACAAGAGCUGGCCCAGAUGAGACAACGAGAUGCAAAUCUGACAGCACUAGCUGCUAUUGGACCUAGAAAAAAACGCAAACUGGACUCACCAGGGGCAACACCAUCAGGGACUGAGGUCUCCAGCAGCACGGCCGGCUCCCCAGCGUGCUCCUCCGCCCCGUCCACCUCAUCUCGCCAGUAUACUCGACACCGCAUCACCCGCGUCAACCUCAGGGACUUGAUUUUCUACAUGGAGCAAGAGAGAGAGACUGCCCACUCCCUCCUCCUUUACCGUGCACUGCUCAAGUAGCCUCUGCUCUGCUCAGCACCCACCUCAACCUCCACCUUCUCCACCUCCUCCUUCCCAGCCACGUGCCUUCAGAUCAGGUCUAAUAUUUCUGCUCUGUGUCUCUAUAUGUACUGUAGUGAUGUUCGACGUAGCUUUUAACACACAGAGGGUUAGUUAAAAAAAAAAAAAAAAAAGCUAAAUGUUGUUGUUCCUUGUGCUCUCCGUUUAGCUUCACAGUGUGUAGUUAGAUCCUUCGAUUUAAAGGCCACGUCACGUACUUUGUGUUGGAUUUGUUAGAUGAAGGAUGUCCGAACCUGUUCCAUGUGUUCUCGGUUGCUUUUUAUUAGUUCACACUGGUGUCAGAACCUCCAGAAACCAUGUACGUAGGAAUUGCAGACUCAGAUGGUUACUUUCACACCUCAAUGCAGACUCUAGUUUUUUGUGUGAGCUAUUUGUUGACGCGGGUCAAUGAAUGUAGUCUAACUGAGCUCAAACGUUGAGACUUUAUGGACUUUUUACUCCAGAGAACAGAUUCCAAAUACUGAUGCAUCUUAAUAAAUCAAAACGUGUUUGAACUGUUAGUUUACUUCUGAAAGAUUCAGUAGAUUCAGUUUACACAAUGUGACACAUUUGAAGCAUUUCUUUCUGUUAAUUUAGACGAUUAUGGCUUACGGAUGAUUCGAAUGUUGAAUAAUGUCAACGAAAAAGUAUUUUAAAGGGGCUGUUUCAUAUGUUCUCCGGACACAUUUUGCCAUUUUAUAGCACAAUCAAGUAACUAUAUUACCUUCAGUAGUUAUGAAAAUGCUGUUUAUGUCAAAAAUAACUUAAGAGGAAUUUAACUUUGCAUCAGAGAUGUCUCACACUUUAAAAUUUGUGUCUGUUUCUUUAAGAAGCUCCUUCCCUUUUCGAUCCUUCAGCACAGCAAUGCUUCUCCAUUAUGCUGUUUAUAACAGCAUUGGAUUGCGAAGUAGUUUGCAUGGUAAACUUAGAAAACAUGCAGUUCCAUCUGGUGUUUGCUAAUUGCUGCUGCCAGCCUAGAGAAGCUAAAUGGGAGAGAAGCACCAAAAGUGCAAUUUUAAUCUAUUUUUGUGGUCAUUAGAUUCAAAAUUCUGUGCUUUACUUGCAUAACUUUUUGUAAAAGACAUAGCGUCCAUCCUCUUUUGCAAAAGUUUUAUGUUUUUCUCUUUUAAAAAACUAAAAAUAAAAUGGUGGCUCUGUAGAAAUCUCAAAACAUUCCCUAUAGUAUUCAUUUCUAAAAAAAAAUGUAAUUACAUUUCCAAAAAGGUCUUGUUAUAUUUGUAGGUUAAAUGAGUUUCAUUAUGCUGAAUUCAGGGCAAGGAUAGUUCUAUGAAUUACUGAGGUUGCAGAUCCCCUAAGAUAUUUGUUUUGCAAAAUUGCUGGCCAGCAUGGUUGUUAAACCAUUUUAUUUAUAUUUUUUUUUGACAGUGUGGAUUUGCUUCACAACCCACUUAAAGCUACACCAGUUUCUUGUGCAACUUUUGUUUUUCUUCUGCAAUGUUUUCUUCCACUAAACUUUCCAUUGAUAUUGUUGAAUGUAGCACUCUGGGAACGACUGUCUUCUGUAGCAAGAACUUCUUGUAGCUUAGCGUAACAUUUCUGAAUUAGGAAUUACUAUUUUAUUUGUCCAUUAAUAAUAAUAAUUAGUAAUAAUAUAAUAUUUUAAUUUUCUUAGUUUUAAAUACAGUUUUUAUUAGCUGUAAGCCAUAAUCAUCAAAAUUAACAUAUCUAUUUGAAAUACAUUCCUGUGUAUAAUGAACUGAUAUUAAUACAUGAUCUGAAUUGAAUUUAAAAACUCUUUUCGAAGCCACUAAGAUGCACAUCAUUCUGUUACAUUUCCUUGCUGUAUAUGUAAAUAGUUCUUUUUGAAUUAUUUUACAGCAUGUAUAUUUUUAUCACAAGCUUUGUAAGAAAAGAAAGUGAUUUCUGUGUGAAUAUUAUAAAAGCUGAUGUUUUGUAAAAGGACGUGCUUUCAGAGUAUCGUUACAUGACAAAUCCCCCCGGUUCCUCAUCCUCCUGCAGUUACCUGCAACGACCACUUAACAAAUCCAGACAGUCUUCAAUCAGCCUCGCUGACUGGGUCAGUAUCGUCUUAUAAUGUGAAGUAAGCAGAAGGCAAGCAGACAUUCCUCUAUCAUGUCUCCCGACUUAUCGUGUGUUGUACGUCACCUAAUGUUUAGAAAACAUAUGUAACUGUUCUGUCCCUUGUGCCCGAGCUUUCGCAGUGACUGAAUGGUGAAGGCAGGAUAUUUGUUAUGGUGUGCAGCACUUGUAUUUUCUGUAUUUUUCACCCAAAUGAGUAACGGUUGUAAAGUUAAAGUAAAGUAAAGUGGAAAAGAAUAGAAGGAAGCAGUUUUAUGAUUCCAGAUUAGUUUUUCAUUUUCAUUGGACUGAUCUCUGUGACAGAAAAUGUUUUACAUACCAUAUUAAAUAUUUGCCUUUUUUUGUUUAAUCCUUAAACAAUCCUAAUUGUAUUAUGUAAUAUUGUCCAGUAUGUUUUUUUAAUAUAUAUCUAACUAGAUUUCUUGGCCUCUAUGCAGCUUUUCUUGCCAGAUUGAAAAUUUAUUUAACUAUGUGGGUAAAGGGGAUAUUUGAAGCAAUUGUUGUGCAUCAUAAAUUUAAGCAGCACUUUUUAAAAUCUAUUUUACCCGACAGCUAAAAGUUGUCGCUGUAUUAUAGCAAAUAGUAAGCACUAUUGCUAGUUUCUGUCAGUUUUCACCAUAUGUUUUAUUUUUUGGGAGGAUUGGCUUUUAUGCUUAACUCAUGCAUUUGAAGUCCAAAACAUUUUAGAAACAAGCACAGCACUACCAAUUUGUGGUUGGUCCGGUGACAUUUUUAUUCAAUGAUUUUUAUUGUUUCCGAUGGCUUCACAAGAGGACAUUUCUACUACGACAACAACUACUACUACUGCUACUACAGCUUUUUAGCCAAAAUAAGAAGACAAUAAUUCUGAUGUAAACAGCUCUUGGAAAUAGCAUUACAUUGCAAGGAUGAUUUGUAAAUAUUGUUUACAAAACUGUAUGUUUAUUAGAACCACGUUAUUUUUGGUAAACUCUUGUACAUAUCUGGAAAAUUUCCUGUUUGUGUCAAAAAAACAAAACUUUCGUAUUCGUACUUAUUUUGUAAAGGAAUAAAUAAGCUGUUUACUAAACUGA